UUUAGAUUAAUCAAAGUCAGAUGUCAGAGCUUCUAGGGCAGAGUGUUGUCAGGACGCCAAACACACAGGAACUCAGUCAACAAUACAGAAAUAUGAAGUGGUGGUGAGUCUGGGGCAGCAUGAGUAUUGAGGGAGUUUCUGUGUUCAGCGAUGCAUACCAAAGGACGCCAAGGACAGCUGGGAUAGAAAGACAAGAAGAGGUUGUGAAAUACUUUUCCAAGACAGUAGCUUCAACAACUUCAAUCUGAAUACAACAAGAACAUUUGAAAGUUAUAAAUCUCUUUAAAAGUGCACCAAGAAUGGAGGAGUUCAGUCCCGAGAGUUAUAAUGUGCAAGAUAUCAGACCUCAGAUUGGUGGGCUGUUGGUCCAGAUCCAGGAGAUGGCAUCAGUGCUGUUUGUGAGGAUCAGACAGAAACUUCUGGAAACAGCCAUUUUGAUCUGUGUGAUUCUACUGGUGUUCUGGCUGGCCUUAUUCCUCUAUGGAAGCUUCUAUUACUCCUUUAUGCCCACUGCCAAUCACAUUACACCUGUCCACUUCUACUACAGGACUGAGUGUCCAUCUCCUCAUCACUCCAUGUGUUCUUUUCUCGAGGCUAACGUCUCACUGCUGAAAAAUGGAAAACAACAGGUAAUGACAUAUGGUCAGCCCUAUCAGAUCACGCUAGAGUUGGAAAUGCCAGAAUCUCCAGCCAAUCAGCAGUUGGGAAUGUUCCUGGUAAAAAUGUCCCCCUAUUCUAAAGCUGGUCAGGUUGUUGGCACAUCAGCACGUUCUGCAAUGCUUCAUUAUCGUUCCACUCUGCUCCAAUCUCUGGGUACAGUCAUCUUCUCCCCCAUGCUGUUGACAGGGGUGUCAGAGCAAAAGCAGUCAGUUAUGGUGGAGCUGUUCUCUGAAUUCAAAGAUGACACUUACAAACCCACUAUUGGUGCUGUUAUAGAGAUCCAUUCUCCACAUGUUCAGAUCUACAAAGCAAAUCUCUACAUCUUUGCUCAUUUUUCAGGCAUCAGGUACCUGCUGUAUCAUUUCCCCCUGACCUCAGCUGUGAUCGGGGUGAUGAGUAACUUUACCUUCCUCAGUUUGAUCAUCGUUUUCAGCUUCCUGCAGUUUAAUAUGAGUGGCCGCAUGUUGUUACCUAUAAAGGCUGAUACGCAACAAGAAGAAUUAAAGGAUGAAUCAGAGGACAUGAACGAUCAGUGUGAACUCCAGGAUGAAGAAAAUGCCACAGCCACUACAACACAUUUGAUGGAUUCCCCCCUUGUAUUGGGCAGCGAUGACAUCAUGGAUUCCAAUGCUGUUGAGAUGGAAGAAUCCAUUCCAGACAUGGGGAUGGCUGAGAGUGAAGACUCCAGAGAACUUGCUGAAGAAGAACCCAUUUGUGAAUUAGGUAAUGGGGAAAUGAUUUUGAGGCAAAGGCAUUUGUCAGAGGGGACGUUACAAUCAUCUCAGGCAUUAAAAGACACCGUAGAUAAGAACUACUAUCGUGUUGGUGUCUGUUUGUGCUCCUAGAGCCGAUGGAGUAUAACUGUCUGCUUAACAAGGGGAAAGGUUAUGACAAGCAAAGGCCACCUACUGGACUAUAUGUACUUUAUAACUUUAGUAACAGUUUCCUUUUUUUUAAAAAAACGAUUAACUUUUUUGCUAGACUGAUGUAAUAGCUUGUAUUUUAGUUCACUAUUAUUUGACAAGAAAAGCACACAUAUAUUUGCCACCAUGUUCGAAAAUAUAUUUUUGUCUCCCAGCUAUUGACAAAUGACCUACAUAUCCAAGCACAUUUUGAUUUAUAACCUUUUUAUUGAUAACCAAAUGUAACCUUUGAUUCUGUAUGGAUUGUGUUACGCAAACAACAUUGCCUUGUCUAUUAAAAACAAUGAGACUACAGCAAUAAAUAGCCGAUAGG